AUACAGAAGAUAGCAAACGCUUCCUGUCAGAAUCCAGAGAAACCCAGAAACAUAAGAGAGAGAAACUCGAUCAAGGAAAUGGAUGGGAUGACGAACAAGAUAUCGAUCGGUGCAUUGGUUUUGGCGGGACUGUGGGUUUUGGUGUGGAGAUCUUUGAAUUGGGUCUGGUUGGGGCCGAAGAAGCUGGAGAAGUACUUGAGGCAACAAGGAUUCUCCGGCAAUUCAUACAGAAUUUUGGUCGGAGAUAUGAAGGAGAGCAACGACAUGGACCGGUCUGCUCAAUCCCACCCUCUUCCUCUCGGGGCCGAUAUUCUUCCCCGGAUGAUGCCUUUCAUCCACCGGACCGUCAAAAAAUACGGGAAGAGGUGCUUCACAUGGUACGGACCGUACCCGAACGUGAUAGUGACGGAGCCGGAGACGGUACGAGAGAUUCUGAGCAGACACGAAGUGUUUCCGAAACCGAAGAUAGGAUCUCACAAUCAUGUCUUUGUCAGUGGUCUUCUCGAUCAUGAAGGCCAUCUUUGGUCCAAACACCGCUCUAUUCUCAACCCUUCUUUCCGUACCGACAACCUGAAGAACAUACUUCCAGCUUUCGACUUGAGCUGCAAGGAGAUGCUGCAACAAUGGGAGACAUUAGCCGAAGGAACAAGAGGUUCAUCAAUGGAGAUUGAUUCAUGGCCUUACUGUCUCGAGGUUUCCAAACACAUGCUUGCUCGAGCUGCCUUUGGGGAUCGCUACAAAGACGGGAUCAAGAUCUUCGAAAUCCAACAAGAACAGAUCGAUCUCGGCCUCCGAGCUAUACGUUCCGUAUACAUUCCUGGAUCCAGGUUUUUACCGACAAAGUUCAACAAGAGAUUGAGAGGAACAGAAAGGGAAAUGAGGGCAAUGUUCAAAGCUAUGAUUGAGGCAAAAGAGAAGGAGAUAAACCGAGGAGAAGACGUUAAAAGUACCGACCUUUUGAGCUCGAUGUUGGCUUCGAAUGCUAAGAUGAUCAAAGAGCAAGGACCGGAAUCUGGACUGACAAUCGAGGAUAUGAUCGAUGAUUGCAAGGCGUUCUACCUGGCCGGACAGAAUGUAACAUCGUCCUUGCUUGUCUGGUCAUUGGUUUCUCUCGGCCAACAUCAGGACUGGCAAGAAAAAGCAAGAGACGAGGUUUUCCGAGUGCUCAAUACGAAUGAUGAUCCAGAUUUUGAUGGGCUAAGCCAUCUGAAAAUCAUAACGAUGAUCCUCUACGAAGUUCUGAGACUGUACUCACCAGCCUACUUCACAUGUCGGAUAACCGAACAAGAACUGAAGCUGGAGAGAUUCAGCCUGCCUGCGGGAGUUGUACUUACGUUGCCGAUGCUCAUGAUCCAUCACGAUCCCGAUCUUUGGGGAAACGACGUGAAAGAGUUCAAGCCCGAGAGAUUCUCCAACGGAGUGGCGACGACAACAAAGGGAAGACUUUCCUUCUUGCCCUUCAGCUCAGGCCCUCGUACAUGUAUCGGACAAAGCUUUUCCAUGUUAGAAGCCAAGCUGUUCUUGGCUAGGGUUCUUCAGCGGUUCAGGCUCGAGCUCUCUCCCGCGUAUAUUCACGCUCCUUUCCCCGCCGCCACCACGUUUCCGCAGCAUGGGGCUCAUAUCAUCAUCCAUAAAAUCUAAGUAAGGAGAAGAAUGGUGAAGAUAUAUGAUAUACACAGUCUCUUCUCAACCUUGUCUAGGGUUUCAUAUUUUGCGUACAGAUAUUGUCUCACGGUUCCAUGGUGAAUAGGCAUCGAUUCAUUCAACAACAACAACAACAACAACAUGGCCUUAUUCCCAAGUUUAUUUGGGAUCGGCCGCAUGAAUCCUCCGUUUCCACUCAUUUCGAUCCUUUGUUAAUUCU